CUUCAGGUGCUGCUGUCGUCCCGCUGAGAAAGAAGAUGGAGUUUGAGACGACGGAGGCUGUACGCUCGACGCCGAGUCGCCACGAAAAAAGUUUGGGGCUCCUCACGAUGAAGUUUGUGAGCCUGCUUCAAGAGGCGAAGGAUGGCGUCCUGGAUCUGAAAGUGGCUGCAGACAGCUUGGCAGUGAAGCAGAAGAGGAGGAUAUACGACAUCACUAACGUACUGGAGGGUGUGGGGUUGAUUGAGAAGAAAAAUAAGAACAUAAUCCAGUGGAGAGGGGAGAACUCAGGCAGCCAAACUCAGGAGGUGCUGGAGCAGGUGAGGGUUUUGAAGGCCCAAAUUUCUGAGCUGGAAGCCCAAGAGAAAGCGCUGGACAGCCAGAAGGCCUGGCUCGAGGAGAUCAUCAAACACCUUAACCACGAUCCCAUCACGAGCACUUAUAAAUUUGUCACACAUGAAGACAUCUGCAACGCCUUCAGCGGAGACACUCUUCUCGCUGUAGUGGCUCCUGCUGGGACCCAGCUGGAGGUACCGCUACCUGAAACGGGUCUGAGUGGUCAGAAGAAGUACCAGGUGAACCUCCGCAGCCACUCAGCUCCCAUCCAGGUCAUGCUCAUCAACAGGGAUUCAGACGCCACUGUACCUGUGGUCUUCCCUGUGCCACCCACUGACGACAUCUGUCCAAUGCCAACGCCACCCAGCACCCCCGCCAGCCUGCAGAGGUUCCCUCUCUCGACUUCUGUGUGCUCCUCCUCUAGCACCUCCUGCUCGUACUGCAGUCAGGACUCUCUCUGCUCAGACCACCAGAUGGUGCUGCCAGAACAUGAUGAAGUGUUGACGCCGUCGUCCACCCCUCCUGACAUGCAGAUGGAGUGUCACGUUCAGUCGGCAGCAGUGUUGGAGCAGCAGCAGAUGGACCUGGCGGGCCCAGAGUUCCAGUCUGUACUGGACGUGAGCAGUUUGCUGAAGCUCAACGCUGCUGGAGACCACAUGAAGGAUGACAGAGAGGAAGCCGUUGACCUGAUCGAUGAGCUAAUGUCCGCUGACGGAAUAGACUACAGCUUCAACCUGGACGACAGUGAGGGAGUGUGUGACCUGUUUGAUGUGCAGAUCCUAAAUUACUGAUGGCAAACAGUGCCUCUGCUGAAUGCUGAUAAACACUCAGGAGGCACUUUUUGCCUCCAAAGACACUUCAAAGAUGCCUUUUCCCAUUUUGUUAUAACUGCACAAUUAAUACUUAUACAUGCCUUUGUUAUUUAAAACAAACUUUUACAAACAUUUAGACAUCUCUGCUGUCUGCCAGACAACUUCAAUUUACUACACCGGCCUUUUUCUCCAGCCAACACAAAACACAAAGACUAAACUAAUUUACCAUAAGAUACUUAUGUAACCAUGAGUCAUGGAGUCCAAUUCAUUGGUUUACUGUUUAAAUAUCUACAACCUCCCUGAGAAAUGAAAUGCCUUUUUGUGGAAGUCAGCCAGGACAAAUCCUUCAGCCGCCCGCUGCACUUUUGCAUGUAAGUAUUUGUUUAUUUCCACAUCCAGUGGAAAUCCUGAGACUUUAAAACUGCUUCACUUCCUAUUUAUGAACCGUCAGGAUUGUGAGUGUUUUCCAUUAACUUAAUAUUCACAGUAACAAUUCAGUAUUGGCUUCUUUCUAUCGGAGUACAGGGUUGACAAUCUUGUUCAGGGUAUUUAAGUAACAUUUUUGGUUUUUUUACAUGAAAAGCAUAUUGUGUAAAAACCUACCUAAUUCCACAGUUAUAUUUGAGAAAGUGGCAUAUUGUAUUUAAUGAGUGAAUGUUUUAGUCACUUCUGGUGACUUUGUUCUCAUGUGAA